AUGUUGAGAAACAAACUCUACGGCUCCACUGUUAUUCAACACUCCAUUCCUUCUUCCAUCACUAAGAAAUUCACUCAACAAAGACUUCUCCAAUUAAGAGCCAUGACUGACAGAGAUUGUGACCAUUCUCAUCAUGGAAACAAUCAAGAUUCCUCCCUGAUCUGCCAACAAGAAUUCAACUUCCAUUUCAAUUCUGUCAAUGGAGUUGUCAAGGGCAAGAGAUGGAUGCAAGAUUUACUCUCCAAAAUUGGAAAUACACCAAUUACCAAAUUGAAAAUUCCAGCCACUCACGAUUCGGCCACCUACAACGUCUCAACAAGUCAAGAUUACAGUUCUGACACUCUAUCUGAUCCAAGUAUGCUAUUAAUUCCACAAUUGGUUCAAAUCUUCCAAGCUUAUGGUUUGAACACUCAACGUGUUAAGCAAUUUGUUGCUCCUUGGUUCAAGAAUCAAGAAUGUUCAAUUUAUCAACAGUUGAAUCAUGGUAUUAGACAUUUGGAUUUGAGGGUUUGUAAGCAAAGUACUGGAACAACCGCUGAAACAAAGUAUGUUGCUUGUCAUGGAAUUGUCAGUGUGACAAUUGCAAAUGUCUUGAGACAAGUUAAACAAUUCUUGAAUGAAAAUAAGAAGGAAAUUGUUACUUUGGAUUUCAAUCACUUGUAUGGAUUUUCCACACAAAAUGAUCAUUUGGAAUUCGUUAACAUGAGUAGAACCAUUUUAGGAAGUGACUUGUUGAUUAAUCCUUCCCAAUUCACUACAAAUAGCACACUCAAUCAAAUUUUCACAACCAGUCAAAGAGUAUUCUUCUAUUAUGUCCACACUGCAACUGUAAUUAACUAUGGCUCUCAAUUUAAUCUCUUCCCAAGUUGGAAAAUUGACACUCGUUGGGCCAACAAGCAAGAUAUGACAUCUCUCAAAACUGAAAUUCUUGUCGAGUUGAACUCUAGAACUGAUUUCCGAUAUGGAUUCGUCUCCCAAAUUGUAAUGACUCCAGAUUUGAAUAUGAUGGUCAAUGGAUUAUUCGAAUCUCCAAAAUCAGUGAAGGAAUUGGCAACAAUGAAUUAUGGAGUGAUUCCAACAUGGAUUUCGAAUGAUCUUCCAGAUUCUAAGAUGAAUGUUGUUAAUGCUGAUUAUUAUCACUUGUUUGGUGACGAUUUCGUUUCUGCAGUUAUUGCACAAAACUUGUAA